AUGCAACUCGACCAGCUGCUCGAAUCGCAGACGUCCUGGCUCUUCAGACCGGAAGGCUUGGCAGACGCACGGGCGCUGAAUGUUGCCAUGCGCACCCCCUCCUUCAGCAACAUGCAUUUGAAAGGGGCUGACUGGUUUCUGCUGGGCAGCCAGCUCCUCCUGCAAGUCGCAGAAUUCUUGCUUGAGCGAUUACCGACGGUACCGGAGCAGUAUCCCAGCAUCGCAGCAGCGAUAGCAGCGGGCUGCGACCACAUCGCCGUUGAUCCAUCGUACCACGACGUUCGCAGCCUUGAAAUCCGUACCCCAUUGCGCUUGGUCUCCCGUGGGGCCAUGCUGCAAGGAUGUAUCACCGUAAUGGGUGCCCCACUGGAGAUGGACGGCGUGGUGCUGACUGGCCCAGGCACAGGUUUGAUAGCUCGCUCCGGGGCCAACGUCCGCCUCAAGAACUGCAGAGUCGAAGGCAAGACCUUCCACGGCAUCAUUGUGGAUCAGGGCGCAGAUUGCGAGCUGAUCGAUUCGGUGAUUCGCAACAACGCUCUGCGAGGGCUUCUAGUGCUGGGGCAGGUCUACCAGACGGGGACCAUCAUAAGCGAGAAUGGCAUCGACCCCAAUGAAAAAGACUCGCACUUCCUCUACCCUCGCCGGCUGCAGACCCGUCGCAAGUAUUUUCCUUCUUCCCAGCAGACACAAAGUCAGGAGAAGUGCGCUGAGGCUGGCGUAGCCAUCCUCGGCGGCCACACUGUCGAGGACCUGGAGCCCAAGUAUGGGCUUGCUGUAAUUGGUGUUGUGCAUCCAGACAAGGUGUGGCGGAACAAUUCACUGCAAGCUGGGGACCGCCUCAUCCUGACCAAGCCGAUCGGCACGGGCAUUCUGGGGACGGCGCAGAAAAAAGGAAUCUUGAGUGACGAAGCUCGAGAUUGUCUUCAGAAGACAUUGUUGCAGCUGAAUCGAUCCGCAGCGGAAGUUGCACGAGCAACAACGCAGGUACAUGCUGCAACGGAUGUCACAGGCUUCGGCUUGCUUGGCCACCUCCGCGAGAUGUUGACUUCCGAUGACGGCAGCGAGCCGCCCGCCAAGAAGGCCCGAGUCACAACCGGCCCGAGCGAAAGACUUGGAGCUGUGCUUUCAGCUGGGGCCGUGCCGCUUCUUCCUCAGGCGAAGGAGCUGGCGGUGGACGAGCAAUGUGUUCCUGGUGGUUCGGUGAACAACCUGAAGCUGGUUCAGACUGGAGGCCUCACACGCAUCGCGCAGGGCGUGUCCAAGCAGAUGCAGCUGUUGCUUGCCGACGCACAGACAUCAGGUGGUCUGCUGCUGGCGGUUCCGCGGGCAGACUCGGAGAAAGUUGUGGUGCCGUGCUCAAUGCAGAGGGGAGGGUCACAGCAGCCCAACCUCUCGUUUGCUUGGGCUGAGGCCGCCCUUCGCCAGGCACGAUGCCGCUGUGGUGGCGCUUGUCCGGAAAGUCAGCUUGACGACCAAAGCUGUUCAACUAUGUCCAGUUAUUGA